AGGCCGUCUUCAUUUACUCGCUCGCCCCUCCCUCCUUCCCUUUGGUUGCUUAGAGAGAGAAAGAGGCCGAGGCAAGAUGGCGGCGGCGCUGGCGGCCGAGGCGGCGGCGCUGGCGUUGAUGGCCGCGCGGGGGCCUGUCCCUCGGCGGCCGGCGAUGUAACCUGCCUCGCCUGCGAGCGAGCUCCCUUCCUCCCUCCCCGCCCCUCCUCUCCCCUCAGGGCCCCGCCCAGGCCGGCCCUUCCACAGCAGAAGCAGCGCCGCCGCCGCCUGCCAGGAUGUUUUCUGCCCUGAAGAAGCUGGUGGGCUCGGACCAGGCCCCGGGGCGGGAGAAGCCUAUCCCAGCGGGGCUGCAGUCCAUGAACCAGGCGCUGCAGAGGCGCUUCGCCAAAGGCGUCCAGUAUAAUAUGAAAAUUGUCAUCCGUGGAGACAGAAACACAGGGAAGACCACUCUUUGGCACCGGCUCCAGGGGAAGAAAUUUAUUGAGGAAUAUAUUCCGACUCAGGAGAUCCAAGUCACCAGCAUCCACUGGAAUUAUAAAACCACUGACGAUAUUGUGAAAGUCGAGGUCUGGGAUGUAGUUGACAAAGGUCAAAAAAUUCACCUGCGAGACUCCUUGGGCAAGUGCAAAAAACGAGGGGAUGGGUUGAAACUGGAGAAUGAUCCUCAGGAGACGGAGUCGGAGAUGGCUUUGGAUGCAGAGUUCCUGGAUGUGUAUAAAAAUUGCAACGGCGUAGUCAUGAUGUUUGACAUCACCAAGCAGUGGACCUUUAACUACAUCCUGAGGGAACUUCCUAAAGUACCGAACCAUGUUCCAGUGUGUGUGCUUGGGAACUACCGGGACAUGGGGGAGCAUCGGGUGAUCCUGCCGGACGAUGUGCGGGAGUUCAUUGACAAAAUGAACAGACCUCCUGGCUCUUCAUAUUUCCGCUAUGCCGAGUCUUCCAUGAAGAACAGCUUUGGCCUCAAGUACUUGCACAAAUUCUUCAAUAUCCCUUUCUUGCAGCUGCAGAGAGAGACCUUGCUGCGGCAGCUGGAGACCAAUCAACUUGAUAUCGACGCGACGCUGGAGGAGCUUUCUGUGCAGCAGGAGACGGAGGACCAGAACUACGAAAUCUUCCUGGAAGCGAUGGAGGCUCGCAGCCGAGGACAUGCCUCCCCGCCUCCCACCACCAAUGGGCAGAGCCCUUCCUCGGGCUCCCAAUCUCCAGUGGUUCUGGCAGGCAACACCUCAGAGAGCUCCAGCCCCAGCACCCCCCAGCCGCCGCUUCCGUUGCCCCAGCAGAGCCCAGCUGCUGUGGCCCUUUCUCCAGAGCCCCUCAUGCCUCAGCCGCCAGUUCUUCUGCCUGAGAGCCAGCUCCCCACAGCAGCUGUUGCUCCCCCUCCACCUGUGGCAGCCCCACAGCAGAGACGCAGCAUAAUUUCACGGCUCUUUGGGACAUCCCCGGCUUCUGAGGUAGCCCCUGCUGCACCAGACCCUGCCACAGCCACUCCCCCUGUUGAGGCUUCUUUGAAGGUGCAGAGCGUGGAGGACUUUGUCCCUGAAGAUAGCCUGGACCGCAGUUUCCUGGAUGACCCUGCCCCACAGAGAGACAAGGGGAGGCUUGCAGCUAAGGCCCCCCCCGACAGUGACAGUGACAGGGAUGCCCCCGGGGGGAACCCCCUUGUGGCCGGCUUCCAAGAUGACCUGGAUUUGGAUGACCAUGUGUCCAGCAAGCUGCCUCCGGCAGCAGAGUUGGUGCUGAGCAAAAACAUCACCCUGUCGAGUGAGGAGGAGGAAGAGCAGUGCAGGUUGACCAUCAUGUCGGAUGAACAUACUGCCUUGGAGCAAGAGAUAAGACGAUCUUCCAAAAUGUCCUCGAAACUCGUAAGGCUAGGAGUAUCUACCAAACCAAAUACCCCGAAGGCUCCUGCUGGCUUCUCUGCCCAGGUUGGGCUUGAACAAAAUGGCAGCGGCAGCGGCAGCAGCAGCAGCAAGGUUUCCAUGGCUGCUGUUGCCCCAGAGGCUGCCUCUACGGCAGCAGCACCCGCAUGCUGGCCUCCGAAAGCCCCCUCUCGGAGCAAGGCCUCUGCUUCCAAAGAGAAGGGGGAGAAGCGAGAGGAGUCGGAGAGUGACCCCGAGGGGCCCAUCGCCACGCAGAUGCUCUCGUUCGUCAUGGACGACCCAGACUUUGAAAGCGAGGAGUCGGACAGCCAGAGGAAGAGAGCCGAUGAAUUCCCUGUGCGAGAGGAUCUCUCUGACGUCUCUGAUGAAGAAACCCCUUCGAAAGCCCCACAACCAGCAAAGCCUGCGACGUGCUCCUUCAAACUGAAGAAUGACUCAGACCUGUUUGGUCUGGGCCUGGAGGAGGCUGGUCCCAAAGACAGCAGUGAGGAAGUUACAGAUCAAGAAAAACAAUCUUCGAAGGAGAAGAAGAAGAAAAAGAAGCGGAGUAGCAAAGAGGAGGAAGAGAAGGCUGCAGCGAAGAAGAAGAGCAAGCCGAAGAAGAGCAAGGAGAAGGAGGAGGGCAAAGAUGAGAAGGACCGGGAGAGGAAGAAGAAGAAGAAGAAGCGGAGCAAAGAGAACAACAGCGAGAUUGAUGAACUGGAGGCGUUUCUGGGGGGCGGGGGGGGCCCCAGCAAGCCAUGUGGGGGCGGAGGAGACUACGAGGAGCUGUAGCCUUGCCUGGCCGUGCCCACUUCCCGCAGGCACUCAAGGGACUGCCGGCGGUUCCUCCUGAGCCCAGCUACGGCAGGGGCCAUGGCCCUUCCCUGCCUCCCGCAGACUGCUUCCACCCGUAAGAGGCCGGGACCAAGGAGGUUUUUCUGUCUGUGCUGUGGGGGGAGGCGAGGGGAGGCACUGAAGCACCACCCGGGAGUUUCUUGGGGAGGGAGCCAGGCCAAGGCAUGGCUGGUCAAGCUGCUCAAAGGCUCUCACUUGGUGGCCUGGCAUCCUCCCUGCCCAGAAGCCCUUGGCUCAGGCUGGGCAGGAGGAGAAGCCAGCUGUCUCCACAGAUGGUGAGUCAUGGCGGAUGAGAAAAGCACGAAGCUCUUUACGGUGGAGCGCUGCUCUUUGCUCCCUGGAAAUCAUUGCGUCAAAUUACAGACCCUUGCUAUUUUUUUAUGAGAGAAGUGGUUAUUGACUGCUGGCUCUACCCAGGGCUUUUGGAAUGGGAACGGUGGUGCUGAGCUGCUGAAAGGUGCAGGGGUUCAGCAGGAGGGGGAGAGAGGGGAGGGGAGGGUGCUCACUUUGCACUGCAGCCGGGUGCCUGUUUGCUGCCGGUGGGAGGGGGUCCAAAGGACCCCACGGUUUUCUAUAGCCCCAGGCACCCCUGACACUGCUUGCAAGCUGCUGUGCAGUUUGGAAAAGAAAGGCAGAGUUAGCCACUUAAACAAAUGGAGACAAUCCUGCCCCCCCCCCCCGCAACAUUCCCCAUGGGCCCUCCUUGGAUGGUCAUAUUUUGCAUAUCUCAGAAACCGGCCUUUGCGCAGCGAAUACCUCUCAGGGACCUCUCUUCGAUGUACAAAAGGAGUUGCAGGAAAGAACAUUCAUGGUAGGGGCGAGGGGGGUGUUCUUGAAGCAUCCGCAGCUCUGCCAAGCCCUGGGGCGAUGAGCCAAGGGAGGAAGGAGGAGCUCUUUCUCCCCCUCCCAGUUCUGUGCUCCCAGUGCUGAGCCCCGCAGUGCGUGGCUGUGCUGCCCUCCUCUUGCCCCAGAGCAGAUGGGGCCUCUUCUCGUGGGAUUUUUGGCAAGGCUUUUGAGCCUCCCUUCUGCGUCCCCUCCAAAACAAGACCUUGGUGCAUGUUUUGGCUGUGUAAAUGGCAGCUGCCUCUGAUGCCAAUUGACCUGCCCAUUGUAACCUUCCCGUGCCCCUCCUGUGAGCAGCUCCCCUCUUGCCCCAAAGUGUCGCGGAAACCAGGUUCACGAUUCUUGUGCAUUCCAUUGCCUUGUGCUGUGUGUGGAUUGGAUUUGGGCUGUUUUAGCAUUCCCUUCUCUUCCCCCCACCCUUCAAAACAAAAACAAAGCCUCAUGUUCUGCUGAGGACUUGAGAGUGGAACCAGGGUGGUGCUGACCUCUGGCUGCUGCUUUGCACCCAGUGCAAGACUUUAGAGUUGCCUCGACGGGCUUUCCUUUUUUGAGAAAUGGCUGUUGCCCUCAUUUGCAUCUCCAGCAGAGGGGGGCUGGGGGCUGCCUAACUGCAUGAAACAGGUCAUCCUCUCAGGUGUUCCUCCCGUUGGCCUGUCCUUGGUCUCUUGUUACAUGCAGCGCCCCUUUGGGGGGGAUGUGGAGAAUCUGCAAGAGAUCGCUCCUGUGGCCCCCGGGAGGAAAAGCAUCCCAGGAUCCCUCCCUCCAGAACAUUCCCAGUGACCCUUUUCUCGGGAGCUGAGCUCAUAGCUGAGCCUGACCAAAUUCCAUGAACAUGUCUUGGCGAUGUUCCCUCUUCUUUUCUUUCUGCUUUGAGGGGAAAAAACAUCCCUCUGGCACCCUCCACUCCAACUGAUAAAGCUCUCGAUUCCACAAGG